AUGGCUGCCGCGCCGCAGCUACGGGACCGCCUGAGCUUUCUACAUCAGCUCCCGAUUCUUCUGAAGGGGACGUCGGAUGAUGAUGUCCCAUGUCCGGGCUACUUGUUUGAGGAGAUUGCUAAAAUCUCCCACGAGUCUCCGGGCAGCAGCCAGUGCCUGCUGGAGUACCUCCUGAGCCGCCUACACAGCAGCUCCGGCCACGGGAAGCUCAAGGUGCUGAAGAUCCUGCUCUAUCUGUGCAGCCACGGCUCCUCCUCCUUCCUGCUCAUCCUCAAACGCAACUCUGCCUUCAUCCAGGAAGCUGCAGCUUUUGCGGGGCCCCCAGAUCCUCUGCACGGGAACAGCUUGUACCAGAAGGUUCGGGCGGCCGCGCAGGACUUGGGGAGCACCCUGUUCUCGGACACCGUGUUGCCACUGGCUCCCUCCCAGCCUCUGGGGAACCCGCCUGCCACAGGCAUGGGCUCCCAGGCCAGGCCGCACAGCACCCUCCAGGGUUUCGGCUACAGCAAGGAACAUGGCCGCACGGCCGUGAGGCAUCAGCCUGGGCAGGCCGGAGGGGGCUGGGACGAGCUGGACAGCAGCCCCAGCUCUCAGAAUUCCUCCCAGAACAGUGACCUGAGCAGGGUCUCAGACUCGGGCAGUCAUUCUGGCAGCGACAGCCAUUCAGGGGCCAGCCGGGAGCCGGGCGACCUGGCAGAAAGGUGAGUGGGAGCUGCUGGGUAUGCGGGAGUGGUCUCGGAGCCACCACACCACCCCCUUCCCAGAGGAGGGAGAAUAGGGAGAGAGAUGGCCAGACAGGCCUCCCUGGCAUGGACCUGCUGCCCCAUGCGUGCUAAUGUCCCCUCCCUUCGUCCGCAGAGGGCCCUGUGUGCCAUCGCCUCCCUGGGGAGCGCCGACCUCCUUCCCCAGGAGCACAUCCUCCUCCGCACCCGGCCGCGGCUGCAGGAGCUCAGCAUGGGCAGCCCGGGACCUGUGACCAACAAGGCCACCAAGAUCCUGAGGCACUUUGAGGCCUCCUGUGGGCAGCUGUCCCCUGCCCGGGGCACCUCAGCCGAGCCUGGCCCCACAGCCGCCCUCCCAGGCCCAUCUGACCUGCUGACCGAUGCUGUGCCUCUUGCUGGGAGCCAACUCUUCCUCCAGCCUCUGAGUUCAACCGCAGUCUCAUGCCAGAGCCCUGCUCCCUCAUCUGGGAUGCCGCCCAGCCCCGUGCCCACCCCACCCCCGGAUGCCUCCCCCAUUCCAGCCCGCGGAGACCCCAGCAAGGCCAAGGCCAGACUGGCAGAAAGCAGGGGGUGGGGACCUGAACGGGUCCUAGGGGGCACAGACAGCCCAAAGAGAGGCUCCAGCAACUGUGCGUGGAGCCGCGACUCCUUGUUUGCUGGUAUGGAGCUGGUGGCCUGCCCCCGCCUGGUGGGGGCCGGGGCUGCUGCAGGAGAGUCCUGCCUUGAUGCUCCCCAAGCCCCCCAAACAUCAUCCCAGAGGACAGCAGUCAAAGAGCCUCCUGGCUCAGAGCCGUCAGCUUUCGCGUUCCUGAACGCCUGACCCGAUGGCCUGGUCCUGGAGCCUUCAGCUUCAGCUGCUGCCUGGGGGGCUCUGUGCUUCCUGAGCAGCCUCAACCGUAGCUGCUACAGUCUCCAGGCAACUUGACCUGAGAGGAGGACCCUAGGGCUACCUCAGUUUCCCCCAUCUCCUCUGCCAGAGGCUCUGGCUAUUUGGACUUGAAUUCCUACAAGGGAUAGGCAGGUGGCAGGGCCUCAGAAAUGUUGAUCUCAGGAGUCCCAGGGGGCAGCCCCUGCUUGUCUUGCCCUCAGACAUGAGGUUUCUUGUGUGAAUAUGGAAGCGACCACCAGGUUCUUUAUUUCAUUUUGAUCUCAGCUCCCUCCUUCCCCAGGAGGUCAUGAGCAGUAAGCCACCGCCUCCCCAUCCCUUCGGGGUGGGCUGGGGGCUGAGGCUGGGUUUGGUGCACGUGGGUUGAGGGUGUCUUGUCCGGGCUGCCUUGUGCCGUCUGGUCUUUGACCAUUUCAAGUUUCAGAUCCCCACGUGGCCCUUCCCUGGCUCUCACCUGCUCCUUCAUGCUGUAAUUGCUUCCCGCACACGAAGCCUCUGAUUGGAGCCUCUGGUCCAUCUCAGAAGAACCUUCCGAGAGCGCUGGGGUUUAUGCUUUCUGAAUAAACACUACUGUUUACAUGAAGCUGG